GGAAAAAGCGAGAAAAACUGGCGAAUUCGCAACACCAAAAAAAAAAAAAACAACCAAAUUUUGAUACAUAGUAAAAUAAGCCAAUAAAUGUAAUUUAAUUUUUACUCCUCCCAAACUUUAGGACGAGCACAAGUACACAGAUAAUGUCUGCCAGUCGAGAUCAGCCGGGAACUUCCAAGGAGACGUCUUUCGAAGAAUUUUAUGUGGAAGUCAAAGAAAUUGAAAAACGCGAUUCCUUACUAACACCUACUCAACAAAUUGCACGUUUGCUUCGCCCAGGUUCCACAUAUUUCAAUCUCAACCCCUUUGAGGUACUGCAAAUAGAGCACGAUGCCGAGUUGGCGGACAUCAAGAAACGCUAUAGGACGCUAUCGUUACUGGUUCAUCCGGACAAAAACCCAGAUAAUAAUGAGCGCGCCCAGUUGGCAUUUGAUAUAGUGUCACGUUCCUGGAAAAUUCUUGAGAAUGACUUGACGCGCAAAAAAUGUCUGGAGGUGUACGAAGAAGCCAAGGGUCGGACAGAUCAAAUGAUUGCUGAGAAGCGAAAAAAACUUAAAAAGGAGGGGCGACCAACGGAGCCUAUUCCCGAAGAUGAUCCCGUCAAAUACAAGCAUGCCAUCUACGUAAUGGUAAUGAAACUGUUUGCCGAUAUGGAGAGACGGCGACAGAAACUCGACCAACGUGACCAGGAAGAACGUAAACGUAAACGCGAAACAGAAAUCGAAGAGGAGGAACGUGUUAAAGCUGAUCGGGAAUGGCAACAAAAUUUCGAAGAGUCUCGCCAAAGUCGAGUAAAUAGUUGGCAGGAUUUUCAAUCGGGAGCUGGCAAAUCGAAAAAGACCAAGAAGCAAAAACAUAUGACCGGCAUGAUGGUACCGCCAAAAUUUAAACCGGAGACACGAUGAGAACUUUCGAUAACUAAGAAAAAAUAUUUUCGCAUAUUUUUACAACUUCACACACAAACACAUUUUUUUGUAUAAGUCUCCUUUGGAAUUAUAAUUGUCACAUACAUGACCUUUAUGCUUAAGUAAUUGAA